AUGAUGAAGGAGGGCCUGACGCCGCAGAAGUACAGCAUGUGGUACCAGACCAUGCUGUUGGCUGGAAGAGAUGCAGAUGGAGCUGGACCAUUCGUGUUGACAGGCUCAGUCCCAGGGCUGGCUGAGAACCGUCCCUCAGUUCUGAAGGGCGACAACGUGCUGGUGACUCAUAAGGGGAAGAAGAAACCUCUGUAUGCUGGGGUGGUACAUGAGGUGAAGGAGACAAGCCUCUACUUGGCAUUUGGGCCAGAGUUCAUGGACACCUUCAUUGACAACAUCAGAGUGAGUGUCAACUUCCAGUUCAACCGUCACCCACUGAAGGUCAGCCACCGUGCCCUUGAGUUGAUCCAGAGGAACCCACUCAACUAUCUGACCUUCCCCUCUGCCCCUCCAGCCGCUGCCUGCCCAAUCACCAACAUUGUGGUAGGAGUGGAAGUUACUGGGGGUUUUCUGGAAGUGUGUGGGAGGGUGCAGUGGAAGUUCCUGGGGAUUUUGGAAGCAUUUGGCAAGCUGUACUGGAAGUUACUGGGAUUUUAUGAAGUGUUUGACAGGCUUCCCUACAACCGCAAGCUGGAGAACAACCGAGAACAGAUGCUGGCGGUUCGUAACAUCGUGAACCGCACCUCUCGGCCGGCACCCUACGUUGUGUUCGGCCCCCCUGGCACUGGCAAGACUGUCACCAUCGUGGAGGCCAUCAAGCAGGUGCUGAAGCUGGACCCAAACAGUCGCAUCCUUGCCUGCACUCCCUCCAACUCUGCAGCUGACCUCAUUGCUGUCCGUCUACUGGAGCAUGUGCCUAGCAGCCAGAUCUUCAGGAUGCAUGCCACCUCACGUGCCAUCUCCACAAUCCCAGACAACCUGCGGGACGUGUCAAAUGUGGACCGCGGCAUCAUCUACUUCCCACAGGACAACAAGCUGUGGGAGUACAGGAUCAUUGUGUGCACCAUGGUCACGGCUGCCAGGGUGGUGUCUGCAGGCAUGCCCACUGGCCACAUCACGCAUGUUUUCCUGGACGAGAGUGGCCACAGCAUGGAGCCAGAAGCCCUGGUGCCUCUGUCAGGCCUGGUGAGCAAGGACACACAGGUGGUGCUAGCCGGUGAUCCCCAUCAGCUGGGCCCCGUCAUCAGGAACCCCCAGUGUUUCUCCUCCCACAGUCUCUUCAAGAAUUAUGGGCUGGACAAGUCGUACCUGGAGAGAGUGAUGGAGUUCCUGAUGUACCAGCCACAGCCCGGCCGAGGCUUCAACACCCAGGUGGUGACCAAGCUGCUCAACAACUACCGCUCCCACUCUGCCAUCCUCAAGGAGCCCAAUGAGAUCUUCUACAAUUCUGAGCUCAAGGUGUGUGGAGACCAGAUGCUGAUUCACUCCCUCUGCAACUGGGAGCACCUGCCUCGCCGACAGUUCCCCCUCGUGUUCCAUGCUGUCAAGGGGAAGGACGAGAGAGAGGGAACCAGCCCAAGCUUCUUCAAUGCACAGGAGGUGUCAGCUGUGAUUGGGUGGGUGAAGAAGCUGCUGGAUUCCAAGUCCCCCAGGAUCGCUGGAAAGGAUGUGGGGGUCAUCACGCCCUACAGGAGGCAGGUGGAGAAGAUACGCUCCCAGCUCCGCAAAGUGAGGGGAGCAGAGAAUGUGAAGGUUGGAUCCGAGGAGUUUCAGGGUGAUGAGAGGCUGGUGGUGGUCAUCUCAACGGUCCGAGCCUCCCAGGACUACAUGGCAGAUGAUCACGUGUUCAAACUGGGCUUCCUCCGCAACCCUAAGAGAUUCAAUGUAGCCGUGACACGUGCCAAGGCUCUGCUCAUCAUCGUGGGCUGCCCGGAGAUCCUGAGCCUGGAUGAGCACUGGGGUCGGCUGCUGAGGUACAUCCAGCAGAGUGGUGGGUACAAGGGCCACGCCUUCACCCAGAACACUGACCUGGAUGACAUAAUUGCUCGUUUCAACACCCUCGACCUCAGACCAGUGCUGGGCCAGGACGUGAGUGCCCGAGAGAUGGCAGAGGCGCCAGAGUGGAGGGCAGAACACUAAGACACAGGAAGAACCAGGAACCAGCAAGAACCAGCAAGAACCAAGACCUGCAUGUAGAUCUGUUUGGCAUAAGUUCAUCCUGGGAACUUAUUGAUUCAUGCACUCCAGAACAUGUUAUUGGUACAAGUUUGCUGCUCCAUGUUUCAUUGUUUUGUUUUAAAGUUUGAUCUGUCAGGCUGUUUUAACUUAGCCUUGUUGAAGUUUAGGGCAGGUUCAGUCUUAAAACUUGCUCAUUCGUCCUGUGGAACCUGACAUUUGCACGGUUUAUUGCCCCACUUAUCAUUAUGCUUUGUUUUAAGUUGGAUGAUGUAUCUGGCUGUUCUGACUAAGACUGGUUCAAGCUUAGGGCAGGUUCACUCUUAAAACUUGCUCUUUUAUCCCCUAAAACAUGCAAUUUUCACAUAUUUUAUUCCUCCACAUCUGAUUAUAUUUUACUCCACACAUGGCUCCAUUAACUAAGCCAGGUUCAAGUUUAGGGUAAGUUCAGUCUUAAAACUUACCCAUUCAACCUCUAGAAUCUUCAGUUUUCACAUAUUUUACUGCCUCACAUUUGCUUAUAUUUUGUUUUAAGUUUGAUGGUCGAUCUGGCUUCAUUAACUAAGCCUGGAUAAAGUUUAGGUUCAUUUAUCCCAAACCGACACAGGCAUACCAUUUUGAUCCCAUCACUAGCAUCUCUAUUCAGUUUAUACUGCCUGCAGUUCCUCCCCCAGAGCCUUGAAGUUAGGGGGCUUGGGGACUGGGAGCAGCUUAGUGUAAGUUAAUGUAAAACUGCUCUUGAUUAUUGAAGAUGAAGUGGUGAUGUUUGAAGUAUUGUAAGGAAGAAGUCAUUGAGUGGAUGGAAAAUGGAGAAGAGAAGGAGGAGAUGAGAAGGAAAGCUACACAGGAUAGAGAGAAGAUUGACUUUUGCUUUGCUCAUGUCAAAUAUUUGUGUCUGUAAGGUUUGAGUAUUGAAUCGUCAAGACACAGACUACAAAAGACUAAAGAAAAAGACUUUAAGAGAGCGAGUUAGAAGAUUGACUGUGAUUACUAGACAAGAGGAUUAAAAAGAAGAUUGAUUGUGAUUAGACAGUAGAGGAUUAGAGAGAAAAAUUAUUGUGAUUACUAGACAAGAGGAUUAGAGAAGAAUGACUGUGAUUAGUAGAUGAGAGGAUUAGAAAGAUUGAUUGAUUACUGGACAAGAGGAUUAGAAAGAAAAAUGAUUGUGAUUAUGAGACAAGAGAAGAUUAGAGAGAGAGAAGAAUGACUGAUUACUAGACAAGAGGAUUAGAGAGAAGAAAAACAGUGAUUGUGGGAGAAGAGAGGAUUACAGAGAAGAAAAACUGAGGAGGAAGAAAAAAAAGGAUGAGAGGAAAGGAGGAGAAAAAAGGAAGACUGAAAUGGAAGGGGGAGGAAGUAAAAGAAGACAAAAUGAAAGGAAGAACAAAAAGAAAACCGAAUGAUAAUGAGAGAGAGAGAGAGAGAGAGAAGAAUGACUAAGAAA